AUGGGGUGCGGGCAGUCCAAGCUGCCGCAUGGCGCGGAGGACUCGGCGGCCGUCGCGCUCUGCCGGGACCGCUCCGCGCUGGUGGCCGACGCCAUCAGCCGCCGCUACGCGCUCGCGGAGGCCCACCGCGCGUAUGCCGUCUCGCUGCGCGCGACCGGCGCCGCGCUGCACGGUUUCCUCCGCGCCGUUCAGGACGCCGCCCCGCCGCCCGGGCCCGGCGCCGCGCAUUGCCUCCCUGCGCAGCGGAAGGAGGACGGCGCCGACGCGCUCCCUCCCGCCGCGUUGGUGUCGCCACUCCCAGCGGCGGCAGUGCCCGACGCUAAACAGGUCGAUGACGAUGACGGUGGGCACAUACAUUUCCACUCGGACGAGGAUGAGAGCUCCGAUGAGGAUCAGAGCCCCGAUGAUUGUGGCAGCCAUAUCAGGUUCUCCUACGACGAGGAGACCGAGCCACCUCUCCUCCCCACCGAGCCCCUCCUGCCCGCGGCGCCGGCGCAGCCCCAACCUCCGCAGAUGGCCACGCCGUACGGGUCUGGUUACGCUCCGCCGCACAGCUACGGCCCCGGCCCCGGCCUGGCAUAUGGAUACGGCGGGGGCUACGGCGCCGAAAUGGGCGGCUACGGCCAGAGUUUCUUCAGCACGAACGCCCGCAGCCAGCCGCCGCCCUACGGCCAGAGUUUCUUCAGCAUGAACUACGCUCUCAGCCAGCCGCAGCCGCCGUCUUUGUCGUACGAUCACCGCCCCCAAGUCACCAAUGCCACUGUCCAUUACUACCAGCGUGACGGUGCCACCGGGCCACAGCUUCCGACCUCCCACGGCGGAUAUCCCUACCAGUUCCCGCAAGGCGGCGGCUUGCCUCCGAUGGCCACCUCCUCUGGCCACGGCCAGCCGUCUACGCCGUUGCCUCCCCCGUCGCCGCCGCGGGUGUCGACCUGGGAUUUCUUGAACCCGUUCGAGUCAUUCGAAAGCUACUACCAGGAGCAGCCGGUUGGCCCGGCGAUCCAUACGCCUAACCAGAGCUGGAAUGAUGUCGGGGAGGAGGAGGACAUCCCGGAACUGGAGGACGAGGAAUGGGAAGAGGUGGUCAAGGAAGUGUACGGCAAUGAGUGCACCUUUGUGAAUGGAGAGUUGGCCAAGGAGGAAGGGAGGAAGAGCAGUGCCGGCGAAGAGUUGCACAGGAAGUCCAAGUCGUCGGAUUCCAGUAGUAGCACUCUCCGUGAGGCGCUGCAUAGGAAGUCCAAGUCAUCUGAUGGCAGUAGUAGCACCGGAAGCAGCAUGGUCCAUGUAGUGGAGAGGAGUGUGGUGGAAGAACAGCUGAAGCAUUCAGGCGACGCCAAGCCACCUGCUGUGGGUGUGGUGGAAGAACAGCUGAAGCAUUCAGGCGACGCAGAGCCACCUGCUGUGACUGGGAAGAUGUACAAUGACGAUGUCGAGGUGGUGCAGGAGAUCAAGUUGCAGUUUGACCGUGCCUCAAAGUUGGCAGGCGACAUGCGCAAGGUGCUUGAGGUUGGGAAGAUGCCUUACAACCAGAAAAACUCGGGAUUAAAAGUGCCCUCAUUGAUGAUCUGUGGACUGCCUGCAAUGGAUGAGGAGUUCCUGCAGUUUGAGGAGGAAAAGGCUAUGGAAUGUGGCAACCUUUCUUCAACAUUGCAGAAGCUGUACAUGUGGGAAAAGAGGCUUCUUGAGGAAGUCAAGGCUGAGGAGAAGAUAAGGGUGCUAUAUGAUCAGAAACAUAAGGAGCUAAAAAAAUUGGAUGAGAGAGGUGCUGAAGCUCAUAAGCUUGAGGCAAUUGACAUUAAUAUCAGGAAGCUAUCAACAAAGAUAAGCAUUGCCAUUCAGGUUGUCAACACUACAUCUAAAAAGAUCAACAAGCUGAGAGAUGAAGAGCUAUGGCCACAAACACGAGAGCUGAUUCAAGGGUUUAUGCAAAUGUGGCAUACCAUGUCAGAAUGCCAUCAGAUCCAAUGCCAUGCCUUGUCCCAAGCUAAAAACAUAGACUCUACCAUAACUGCUGCAAGAUUCAGCGAAGCUCAUAUAGAUUUAAUCAAGCAACUAGAGCUUCAGUUGCUGGAUAUUACUGCGAGUUUUGCUGCAUGGUUCAAUGCCCAAAAGAGCUAUGUUAGCACUCUAAAUGAAUGGCUCAAGAAGGGAAUUGAAUAUGUGCCUGAAGUAACUGAUGAUGGGGUUCCUCCCUUUUCACCAGGACGCUUAGGAGCACCCCCUAUUUUCAUCAUCUGUAAUAAUUGGGCAAUCAGCAUGGGGAGGAUAUCCGAGAAGGAGGUAGCAGACACAAUGCAGGCUUUUGCCUCCGAUGUUCUGCGCCUCUGGGAGAGGCACAUGUCAGAGUGGAGGCAGGGUGUGUUGGCCAAUAAAGAUACGGACAGAGACCUAAGGUCGAUGGAGAGGGAAGAUGAACUGUCGAUGCACAAGGCGCUAGACACACAAAACAAGAAGCUCGUGCUCGUUUCCGAUCAGAGUGGCGUAUCUUUAUCUGCACAGGAGGAUGGUCCACCCACUGAGGCUGGUUUGCAAUCAUGUAUGAGUAAAGUUUUUGAAGCUAUGGAGAGCUUCGCUGCUGCCUGUACGAAUGCGUACAAGGAUCUGCAUCUUCGCACUGAAGAAGAGGACUCGACAACUUGAUCAAGGGAAUGACAGAGUUUCCUAGUUGUUGGUACAGGACAACUUACCGAACCUGGUGGUUGCAUGAACAGCAACAUUGUACAUAGCAGCAUGACAAACUCAUAAUUCCAGUCUCACAAACAUCUGUGGGAUGAAUCGUUGAAUCUAGAUGCAUGAUACUGAGACAUGGUUGAUGUUACUCUCUGUGGAGCUCUGCUCCAGUUUUCUUUAGGGCUGGACAAGGUCCUGAGACCGUCUUGCAAACUCAGUGGUUUAUUCAC